AUGAUGGCUCCCCAACAACAUGCGCAACCGCAGAACAGUGUUAGCCAGCCGAAACGACAAGCUCGCUUUGCUGGUCGUCUAAGCCCCCAGCAAUCUCUUAAGCGGGCCAUGCCAGUGAUCUCUGAAGCACUUCGGACGAACCUCCGUAGUCGACCUCGUGAAGGCGCACCGAACGGAUCACAGCAAAAUGUGUUCCGACCGAAGAGCGGAGCAGAUGCUUAUCUUUGCCUCGAUCAGAGAUUGGGGACAGAUUCGUGUAUCAGGGCGUUUGAGCCGGACUCACGUUCGCAGAAACCUUUAGUUGAUUUACCUCGCUCCGCGACUCCUGCUAAAAAGACAGUGCUACCGAUUGGCAGCUCUAUGGAUAGUCGACAAGUACAGUCGGAUGCAGAGACGGCGCCAGGACGGAAGACUGCAGUUCAAUUUGCAGGAUCGAGGAUUCAACGACCGUGCAUGGCUACACCUGUGAAGUCUAACGAUAAAUGUGAAACUGCUACACGAGUACGCCUUCCUGGUCUUGUCCUAAACCGUCAAGUCAAUACUCAGCGACGAAGACGCCUAUCCAAAGCACUUCCUGCCCUCCCACCGCCAAGUCCAUCGCCCUGUCCGACAUCUUUCAAAGAGCCUCGUCAACAUACUCCAGAUACGUUCCAGAACAACAGGAGCAGAGUCCUGCAAGGCCGUGGCUCUACCGGUACUAAACCACUAGCCGCUCCUCCGAUGGAGACUCACUCCGGAAACUCCGAGAGCUCUUCCGGUUCUUCGUAUGAUAGUGCAGAACAUACAUGGAACGCGAUAAACUCAAUGAUGGCUGCCAUCGGCGAGGACGAAGUCAAACGCGCACGAGAAUCGCUCAUUCCUCCGAACACCCGCGCGCCAAGCGCGUAUGUAACGUUCCCUCGUAUGAAAGCCUCGCGAAUGGACGGAGAGGUAUCUUCAGACGGGUACAGUUCGACAGUAUCCGGUCGGACUAUAAGCGGCUCCUCCUACACAGACUCCUCUUCAAGUCACUACCCCUCCCAGACCUUCCCUAGACGACGCAGUCCAAUACAAUCAAUAAAGCGCCGAGCCUCAGAGACGUCUAUCUUCUCAAUCGUCAUCCAGCCCACUCGCGAACGUUCUCGUGAAACGCAGGAAGCACUCAUUGGGGAAGACGAUAUACCGUCGCGCAUCAAGGGCAUACUCCAAUGUACGCACUUGAAGCCUGAUUUGAGCAUGUCUAGUCGAACGAGCUCCGCAUCGUCGGAUGAAGCUGGUCUUCACCCUGAUCUUGCGUUGACGAUUGAUGCGUUGCGCAGUGUCUCGGAUGUUGAACUGGAUGACAUUAGAUUCGAUUCAUAA